AUGGAAUCAAUCUCUAUGAUGGGAAGUCCUAAGAACCUCAAUGAAACUUUUCUACCAAACGUUGCCAAUGGCAUCAAGGAUGCCAGUAAGGUCACAAUAGGCAUCAUUGGAAGUGGAGACUUUGCUAAGUCAUUGACAAUUAGGCUUAUCAGAUGUGGCUACCAUGUGGUCGUAGGAAGCAGAAAUCCUAAACUUGCUGCCGAGUUUUUUCCCCAUGUAGUUGAUGUCACUCACCAUGAAGAUGCAGUAGCAAAAACAAACAUCAUUUUUGUAGCUAUACACAGAGAACAUUAUUCCUCGUUGUGGGACCUCAAGCAUUUACUCGCUGGUAAAAUUCUCAUUGAUGUCAGCAAUAAUACAAGAGUAGACCAAUAUCCAGACUCCAAUGCAGAGUAUUUGGCAUCGCUUUUCCCAGAUUCUCUGAUUGUCAAAGGAUUCAAUGUCAUUUCAGCUUGGUCACUGCAGUUAGGACCAAAGGAUGCCAGCAGACAGGUCUAUAUAUGCAGUAACAAUGUUCAGGCUCGCCAUCAAGUUAUUGAGCUUGCCCGCGAGCUCGGUUUCAUUCCUAUUGAUUUGGGUGCGUUGUCGUCUUCAAGGGAGAUUGAAAACUUACCUCUGCGACUGUUCACACUGUGGAAGGGGCCUGUAGUGAUUGCCAUUAGCCUGGCAACGUUUUUCUUCAUCUACUCCUUCGUCAGAGAUGUAAUCCAUCCGUACGUGAGGAAUCAGCAGAGUGACUUUUACAAGAUCCCCAUUGAGAUUGUGAACAAGACUCUCCCGAUUGUUGCUAUCACUUUACUUUCUCUAGUGUAUUUAUCAGGACUUAUUGCAGCUGCUUAUCAGCUUUGCUAUGGUACUAAGUAUCGGCGAUUUCCUCCUUGGCUGGACAACUGGCUUCAGUGUCGAAAGCAGCUCGGUCUGCUCGGUUUUUUCUUUGCAACAGUGCAUGUGGCAUACAGCCUCUGCUUACCCAUGAGGAGAUCGGAGCGAUACUUGUUCCUCAAUAUGGCAUAUCAACAGGUUCAUGCAAAUGUUGAAAAUUCUUGGAACGAGGAAGAAGUGUGGCGAAUCGAAAUGUAUAUCUCCUUUGGAAUAAUGAGUCUUGGAUUGCUUUCUUUGCUGGCAGUAACUUCCAUCCCUUCAGUAAACAGUGCCUUAAACUGGAGGGAGUUCAGUUUUAUUCAG